AUGGAAAACUCAGAGGAAAAGGGCACAAAGAAGAGACAGAACUCAGAGGAAGAGAAUGAUUUUCUUACUCUGUCACUGUCUUGCUACCGUCCAGUUAGAGCUAGACAAAUUCCCAGUCCAGAGUUACCACAAAUUCAACAUAGGGUUUCACAACCACUCUCAAUGCAGAGGCUGUUGGAUAAUUUGCCUCAGACUCAGGCCUCACCACAAGAACAAUCACCCUUUCAAUUACCAUCCACUCUUCCUCUGUUUGGAUCCACUAACCCUCCUGAAGACUUUUCGUCCCUUCAUGUUCGCACUCCUCGCACACCAACUCAAGGCCCACGCGAAGGGAAGGGUGACACCGUUCCUGUACCUUUCCCGUGGGCCACCGAUCGCCGAGCCACUGUCCACAGCCUCAGCUAUCUCUUAGAAAAACAAAUUUUUACUAUCACGGGAGAGGUUCAGUGCAAGAAAUGCGAGCGCAAGUUCGAGUUAGGGUUUGAUCUGAAGGAGGAAUUCGCUCAACUUUGGAGCUUUAUUUCAAAGCGCAAACCCACCAUGCAUGAUAGGGCCCCGAGCGCUUGGAUGAAUCCAGUAUUGCCAACUUGCAAGUAUUGCAAACAAGAAAAUUGCGUCAAGCCCAUCGUUGCGGAUAAGAAGAAAAAAACAAUCAAUUGGUUAUUUCUAUUGCUGGGGCAAAUGCUUGGGUGCUGCACGCUUGAACAAUUGAAAUAUUUUUGCAAGCACACCAAGAACCAUCGAACUGGUGCCAAAGAUCGGGUUCUCUAUCUUACUUAUCUUGGACUCUGCAAACAGCUUGAUCCUGAGGGACCUUUUGGUCGUUAA